AUGGUCGAGGCUCGAAGAAGCGGAAUACCGAGAUUACCCUUGUAUGCUUUCCAGUGGAGUAAAGGAAUUCUGUUGCCUCCAAAUCAGGAGGGAAAGGAAAACUUGAGUAUACGGAGAGUUUUGCCCCAGCAACUAAUAAAACAAAAUCGUAUGCGUAGAACACGCUUCGUCGCGUCUAAAAUCUCACACCUCCAUUUCCAUUCCUUAUCUCAUCCAUUCACAUUCAAUUCUUCUCAAUCCGCAUCACUUUUCUGUUUCCGUAUUGCUCCGCAACAACACGAUGUGGCGUCGUUUUCCGUUUCGAUUAUCACCGUUUACGUCGCCAUGGUAACCAACAAACUUAUCACAUUAACUUCCACGGAUUCUCUCGUGGAUUGGGUUCAAUCUCUCUACAAUGGCGAGGUUUAUCCCUGGAUUUGCAUUGCCUAUGCUCCUUCUGUUAGGUUUGAUUCACCUACACUGCUUCUAGAAACGUCUUUGAUAUCAUGGUCCGUGCUAAUCUUAUCCUCUCUGACCCUACUCUCCCAUGCCGUAUUUCAUAUUGUUUUAGCCAUUGAGGGGGAUCAGUGGAGUACUGCUGAUGCUCAGUGGGCUGAGCUAAUUGGAUUUAUAAGGGUUGUGUUUCUGGCUUUUCUCCUGUGCGCUAAUCGAUGGUUUACUUACCCCUUUUGGAUCUCAUCUCAAGGGCGUAUGCUGCUUAUUGUUGCCUGCUGUACAACUAAUUGCUGGGAUUAG